AGCUGUUAAAUUAGCCUGAUGUUUUGACCUGCACAUGCAGCUUCUUCUGAAUGAACAAAUAUAAGUUUUGAAGAUCAGGGGGUCAGCUCAGGUACCGGGUGGAUUUGCAAGCUGCAGAUUUUAGAAAGCCUCAACAUAUGUUGAACUAACGUUUUGCUGAGGAAGUUACAGUUUGUGCAUGCUGCAUUUGUUAAACCAUAUUUUAAUUUGUUAAAAAAUCGUCUAUUUUAAAUGGUCAUUAUAUAUCCUGAGUAUUUUUAUUACAGUGACUUUUAACGGAUUACUGUUCACAUUUGUUACUUGUCUUAUAUCACAUGGUUUUAACUAACUAGUUAUUUGAAUGGUUCUAUAAUAUACUUGUGUAAAGAAAAUGGCUGGAAAUUUAAACAAUGAUCUGUUGUUAAACACAUUGGGAAACUUUGGCAGUAAGCCAGUGUUACAUGGAGAUGUAAAUCAAAAUUUUGUAGAUCAAACUAAAUUGUAUCAGGCUGGUUUGAGAGGUCUGAAUAAUAAUAAACCAAGUCCAGAUUCUGGCUGGACAUUUCCUGGUUUAGUUGCUCCACAAUUGUUUCCUGGAAUUUUAUCACAACAGGGAAGGACAGCAAGUUUAGUUAAUGGGAGCUCAAACAAACUUUUACCUGAUUUUAAUACUCUUACUGCAGAGUUUAGGGCUCCAUCAAAUAAUGUAAAUCGAGCUAGUACUGUUUACCCCAAUAUGCUUCCUGAAGCAUAUCAAACUAAAGUGUUAAAUCCUUUAAUGGAGAUGAACUUGAGGCACCAGCAACAGCAGCACAUGCUAGAAACAGCUAUGCUUUCCCAAAGCAACAACGCAUACAACUUCAUGUCAGUAAAGGGGUAUGACCAUAGUAAUGCUUUUGCUGCCACCCAAAAUAAUGUCUCAUUCAAUUCAGUUGGUUCAACUGCAAAUACAAAUAUGAUAAGUAUGAAUGUUAGACAAGGACCAAAUUCAACCGAACAAUUUGGAAAGGCAAUAAUAAACAAUAACGAACGAAAGUUGUGGACAGAUAGAAAAUCCUCUGGUUCCCUUACUCCAGCUGUGACUCCAGUGGAGGGAAAACAUAUGCAAGAUUCCCUGAUGCAACCAUAUAUAGGAAUGGACAAUUCUCAAAUACAAAAUGCAUUAGCUGCAACACAGAUGCAUAAUUAUUUAUCUCUGCUACGUCAAACGCAACUCAGUGUUCGUCAAAAUGAAAAGCAAGAUGUGGCUAAUGUUAAUGGAGCUUUAAAUCUAGGAUUAAAUUUACAAAACUUGCCUCCAACUCCAGGAAAUUUUCCUAGUAAUGCUGUUUUAACACCAGGAUGUAAUCCUAACACAGUCGUACUUACACCAGGAAGUAACCCAAACAGCGUUUUUACUCCUGGGUAUAUUUCUAACACUGUCUUAACACCUAUUCUUACACCUGGUGCUCCGCCAAAUGGUUUAACACCAGUUUCUUUACCCAUGAAAGAGCCUGGUGACUCCUCCAAUGUUGCUGAAGUUGCCAAAAGACAGAAUCCAGAAAAACUUCAUUCAUUGCAGUCUCAGUACUCUAAACCAGUUGCUAAUGGUGGAAGCCAUAAGCAUGCUGAUGUUGUCAGGAGUCAGGCUGAUGCUCCACACCAUGGUUUUGAUGCGAGCCAGUAUCAAGCAUCAUCAAAUACUUCUUUGGCACCACCUGCAUCAAAGCAUGAUAUAUCUCCAGUAGAUUACAGCAGACCAAUGAAGACUUCACCACAUCCACAGAGGCCUAAUCACUUGGGUUCGGGUUUCAUUCCACAAACUCAGUUUUUAACUGUCAAUGUAAACCACGGGACGCCAGGUUCAGACAAGGAAAGCAUUCACUCUUCAUCAAUCAGCCCAAACCAUGCAAGUCCUUACUCUUUGUCAGGUCAGCGCAGUCGAACUCCCAGUCCACAUAGUGACAAAGCAAAAGGAAAGAAUGACAACACCUGCUCCCAAUGCGGAAAGCAGUUUAGCAGUUCGAGUGCUUUAGCAAAACACAAACUAAUUCAUAGUGAUGAACGAAAAUAUGUAUGUCAAAUCUGCUCAAGAGGUUUCAAGAGACAAGAUCAUUUAAAUGGUCACAUGAUAACACAUCGAGAUAAAAAGCCAUACGAAUGUCACUUUACAGACUGUGCAAAAAGCUAUUGUGAUAUGCGUUCCUUGAGAAGGCAUGUUGAAAAUCAUCAUGGAAGUCCGCCAGGAGGAGCAACACCAGCAGGUUAUAUGCCAAAACUAAUGUCUUUAUAUCCUGGAUAUUCGGAAGAGAAUAUGAAAGCACACAUUUACCGCACUGCACAAACGCAUGAACAAGAUGCAAAUAGACUUGCCAUUCCAAAUGAGAUACCACGGCCGUCCAGUGCGCCAUUAGUCCCACCAGAACCUAAGAGAGUAACACGUACUAGAAGAAGUAGCAGUGGAGAAGAAAGUAGCAUGCAGCUUGACCCUGCUAUGGCACAGGAACUUGAAAUGAGAAGAGCUUAUGCUUACACGAGACACAAGCACGGUUCCUCUGAUGAAUACACAAAUAAACCAAAGGAGGAGCAGAUUGAGUCUUCUCGAUCUGUGUCAUCUACACAAAUGCGUCCUUUAAAAUCGAUACCAGUUUCAAGCCUUGCUGCUACCGAAUACAAUCAAAGAAUGGAAUACUCUAGACAAAUGUAUGAACGGCAUGAACAUGAACGACAGUUAAAGGAAAGUAAUCAGGCAGAAUUUGAACGCCACCACCCCCAUCAUGAAAUAAAGCAAUCACAUACAGCAGAAAGACUUUAUAAGGACUAUGAGAAGAGUGUUAAGAAGCCAGAGUUUUCUCCACCUGGUGUUCCACAUCCAGCAUAUCCUGCUGGUAUGCCAUCUCACAUGAUGAAUUCGAGAUUCCCUUGGGGAACUCAAUAUUCUCAACCAGGACCAUCUCCAAGUUCGGCAAAUAUGCCAUUUUUAUUAAAUAUCAGAAAUCCAUUUAGCUUUCCCCAAAUUUAUCAAAGCCAAAAAGACAUUCCAACCAGCGAAGCCACAAAAAUCUCAAAAAGUGAACAUGAAGCACGUCAACAAGCUAUGAACACUUAUUACCAGAUGUGGGCCAAUGGACAACAUGGAGGAUUGCCGGAACCUUUAAUGAUGCACCACUCUCGGAUGCUACCUGGACAAAACCAUCCUACACCUACCGAUCCUGCUGCAAUAGCUAUAGCUGCAGCAAAGGAACCAAAUGAUAAACCGUCUUUUAAAACAAGAGAUACUUUAUAUGGAAUACAUCCUACCAAUGCUAAGUGGCAACCGGUUAUGCAAGAUGAUUCUGUCACAAGAGAAAAAGAGCCUAAACCAAAUUAUUAUUCCCAUCCUGUGAGCACAAGCCAUGAAAGCAACUACUUAAAACGUCCAACCAGUCACGAGUCAUUGCACACAUAUCCGCCGCAAGAGAGAAACAUCAUAGAUGAACCAUUUAAGCCGAGUGAAAGCAAUCACAGAGAGCAUUAUCGUUAUACCCACAGUCCGAAAUCGCAUUAUUAUGAUCGUAAUCGUCCAAUAGAACAACACCUUCAUCCACAAAAUAGAGCAGUGACGUAUAAUGUGCCAAAUGAAAGGUUCGAUCAGAAACACCCUUUUGAUCAACAAAGGCAUUUAAACAUUUCGCCAAACCGAUUCGAUCCGCGUACACCACAGCGAGAGCAUCCAUCGAAAAUGUUUGAAACACCCCUGCUACGUGUGGAAACUCAAGAAACCUCAAUGCCAUCAAUUAUUUCGCCUAACAAAAAACGACCAAGACCAGGUCCAAUAAUCAUUCCACCAGCUGUUAAUAGCAGAACAAUGCCAAACUCGACAUCUCCUUUAAAAAACUUUCCACGGGGCAUCUACACUCCGCCAGCUAUGCUUAGUCCUAAGAGCAUAUUUUUUAAUCCACCUGGUUUGACACCGCGUCCAACAGCAGUUCCAACAACCCCAGCAAGACUACUAUUGAUCCGAAGAAACAGUAGCGUGGAUCAACGUGAAGCACCACUUCCAGCGACCGUAUCAGCAUCUUCUGAAGAGCAAGCGUCUACAGAAGUAGUCGUGCCUGAACCGAAAAUUAACGUGGGUCCACAAUUCCAAGCAUUUCUACCCAACCUUGUGGACAUAUCCGAAGCUCACAAGGACAUUCACCGUGCAAGUUUGAUGUGGUCUCCUUUGAAAGAAGAUGAGCAGAAAUACGUUGAAGUGAAUGCGUACUUGGACAUGGCAUGUUCGUUAGGAUUGUAUGGUGGUUCAAAUAACAAGGAAUACGCCUUACAUAUUCUACAGAGAACACGUGGAAAUGUGAAAGAAGCUGUUCGUUUGUUGCUUUCACGUCGCCACAUUCUUCGAGCAGAUGAUCCCAACGCUGAUUAUCAUUAUUCUGGUUCGGUAAGAUGGACCGCUAAAGAACGACUUGCAUUUAGACAAGCUUAUAGAACAAAAGGAAAAGUGUUUAACGAUAUACAGAAAGAAGUUAUCACCAAAUCCGUCCAGCUAUGCGUCGAAUUCUAUUACCAGUGGAAAGCUAUGCAUCCUGAAAGUUUUCGCGCAAGAACUCGAAUGGUUGAAGUCGAAUCUGAACAAGACGAUGAAGAGGUGCCACCGACACCAACCGCUGCUGUUGCGCCGCUUAGUACGCUACGUGAACCUGUAUUCGAGUGCGAUUAUCCCGAAUGUCGUGCAAGAUUCGUUUCAAGGCAAGCCUUAAACGGUCAUAUUCGCGUCCAUGGUGGAAGCUUCUCUAAGCCUCUCGACAACCGUCGAUCAAAACCGAAAUCCCUGAUCAGCCCCGAGUUGGAAGGUAUCUCCAUGGCAAGCCCAGCAAAAAAGAAACGCCCCACGGUUCCAAGUUCUGUUAUUGUAACCAACACUAGCGAUGGACCGCAGCUUCAGUUCCAAUGUAAAGUUUGUGGAAGAGUCUUCAGCAAAGUGAAGAGUCGGUCAGCACAUAUGAAAACUCACGUCAAGAGAGACGACAACAACAAACCAAUUAAAAAGCAGAAACCGUCCAAACAAAAACCUUCUCAAUCCGCACCACAACCGGUGCCACCGAUAAAUCCAAUGACCGUUUUUGCGCAUGCGUGAUAACGCCGUACGUCAUUAAAAUGUUGGCUCUGUUAUGACGUUAAUCUAAGCCAACAAAUUCAUGUUGUCGACGUAUUUAACUAUAUUGCACAUAAAACCGAAAUUUUUCAACAAUCCACAUUUAAUGUUUAUUUGGAAUUUUAUAAUAAUUCAUUAACGCAGAUGAAACGAUUAAGUUAUUGUCCUGGACACGUGACCUGGAAAAACGGGCCACUAGCUCUACAUAUCUAUCAUGUCAGCGUCAGUCUUUACGUGAAAAUACUACUCAUGUGAAAAAAUUAGCUUGAAUUUUCGGGAAGUCAUGAUGGUUGAGUGCCGUAGUGUUAUUUAUUCCUUCAAUGGAACGCCAUUUUGAAAACAAACUUCACCUCAUUUUAAUAAAGGAAAUAUCAGUCUUAGCCACUAUUUAAUGUUAAGACAAAAAAUUUUUAGAACUAUUUUUUUUGUUGUUGGUUUUUUUAAUACUGAAUAGCUUAUAAAUUUUGUAGAUAGUAAUUAUAUAAGAAAAUGGAUAUUAGUUGUAAAUUAUUCCGUUUUAUUUGCACAGUGAUUGAAUGUCGUUUAUGUCUCCGCGUAUUUAAUACUGUUGUAGCCAUGAGUUAACUUCGUUACCAGGCUUUUUGUUAUUUGCUAAGGUUUGAGUUUCAAACUUGGUGUAUUGUUGACGUUAACGUGACGUCACAAAGAAUUAUUUUUUACUCCUACUUUAUGUCUACAUAAUUAUCGAAAAUAAUUUUUAUAUAGCCUCGUUUUAGAUUAUAAACGUGUAUAUAUAAUGAAAGCGAGGUUGCUAUCAGUCCAGACUAAUUGGGUCACGUUGUGGUUUUGUGUGCCUUACAAAGUUGUCAUUUAUACAGAAUAAAUUAUUUCUAAAAAAUUUUUUAUUUUUCCUUCACUCCUUCCAAUAACCGUCUUUAUAAGUUCAAUUUCCUAAACACCCCUAAAAAUCUUGUUAAUAAACUAAAAUUUGGGCCUAUAAUAUUGAUUCCACCUAAAAUAUCCUACCAUUAUUGGUUCUGACGUGAUUUUUCUUUAAAGGUAUUUUACCUACUUGCUUGAAUCUUUAUAUUGCUUAACUUUUUUCCGUGAAUGCAGAGGUUGUUAACUACCGCUAGAAAUAAGAUUUAUGUUCUUUCAUUUAUUUCGAGACUUAUUCAGUCAGUAUUAAGAACUUUGUAUAAUUUGUUUAUGAAGCAUGAACUCGGUCUCAAAGUUUAUUAUUUUUUUAAAUAGCUCUGUUAGCAACUUUACCUUUUUAAGAAAUUACAGGUACGA